AUGAAGGGUCUAGUCUCAAUCUGCUGCUUUGUCUCCCUGCUGCUCUUGCAGGCCACAGCAGAUGACGAGGAUGUGACCUCUGUCGUCAGAGACAGAAGUCACAUCGAGGAGACGCUGCGUCUCGCCACAGAGGAGAAGGCUGGAGACUAUGCAGCGGCUCUACAGAGGUUGCGCAAGAUUUACCACUCGUCUAUCAGGCCCAUGGAGCAGGCUUACAAGUACAAUGAGCUGAGGCAGCACGAGAUCUCAGCCUACCCCGGACGAACCCUGGGGGACUCAGCAACAGAUGGAGAGAUUACCUCCAAGCCCAUGGUGCUGUUCCUGGGACCCUGGAGUGUAGGCAAGUCCUCCAUGAUCAAUUACCUCCUGGGCUUGCAGGACAGUCCUUAUCAACUCUACACGGGUGCUGAGCCCACUACCUCGGAGUUUACUGUGAUCAUGCACGGGGAGAAGAUCCGCUCUGUGGAGGGUAUUGUCAUGGCUGCAGACAGCUCCCGCUCCUUCUCCCCUCUGGAGAAAUUCGGCCAGAAUUUUCUGGAAAAGCUGAUCGGUAUUGAGAUGCCCCACAAGCUGCUGGAGCGCGUCACCUUUGUGGACACACCUGGAAUCAUUGAAAACCGCAAGCAGCAAGAGAGAGGUUACCCCUUCAAUGAUGUUUGCCAGUGGUUUAUCGACCGAGCUGACCUGAUCUUUGUGGUGUUCGACCCCACCAAGCUGGAUGUGGGCCUGGAGCUGGAGAUGCUCUUCAGGCAGCUGAAGGGCCGCGAGUCCCAGAUCCGUAUCAUCCUCAACAAGGCUGACAACUUGGCCACCCAGGACCUGAUGAGAGUCUACGGGGCCCUGUUCUGGAGUUUGGCUCCCCUCAUCAAUGUGACAGAGCCGCCCCGCGUCUACGUCAGCUCCUUCUGGCCAUAUGACUAUGCUGCCGACACCAGCCGUGAGCUCUUCAAGCGCGAGGAGAUCUCCCUCCUGGAGGACCUCAACCAGGUGAUUGAGAACCGCCUAGAGAACAAGAUUGCCUUCAUCCGCCAGCACGGCAUCCGUGUGCGCAUCCACGGCCUGCUGGUGGACCGCUACGUGCAGACCUUUAAAGACAAGAUGAGCUUCUUCAGCGACCCUGAACUUGUCUUUAACGAGAUUGUGGAUGACCCGGACAAAUUCUACAUCUUCAAGUCUAUCCUGGCCAAAACCAACGUCAGCAAAUUUGAUCUUCCCAACCGUGACGCGUACCGCGACUUCUUCGGCAUCAAUCAGAUCACCAGCUUCAAGCCCCUGACGGCGCAGUGCUCCUACAUGGGCGGCUGCCUCCUGGAUAAGAUCGAGAGGGCGAUCACCAACGAGCUACCCGCCCUCCUCAGCAGCAUCAACUCCGGCAAGCAGCCCGGCCUGUCCUCCUGCGAGGCCACCGGCUGUGGCGAAAAGCCUAAGAAUCGCUACCGGAAAAACUGAGGGGAAGUGAAAUAAAGAGAGAGGUGGGGUGGGGGGGGGGAUAAGGAGGUGGAGGAAGUAAAUGUAGUGGAGAAUAAAAAAAGAAAAAAAAAGUGGUCUGGUCUUGGUCAGUACUGCUUUUGUCCGAAAGCCUUUAUUGUUGAGGCGAUAGACGAGCGGAGAUUUGCAUAUUUGUUUGUUUCUCAGGCGUAGUAAGAGGAGGUGCGUUUUGGGAUGGGGAUGGGGAGAUAAGGGAGAUGGGGGGGGCGGAGUGGGGGGGGUAAGGAUGGUUUGUAUGAAUGAUGAGGCAGCUGAAGGAUGAAGUGCCAAAAAAAGAUGAGGAUAUCGCCGGCGAGGUUAGGGUCAAAAUACAUGCCCUCCUCUCUCUCCCUCGCACAACCACAACUGACCGUCUGGGAUUCUGGGAAAUAUCCACGCGACGUAACAAACGGAGGGGGGGAGAAAAAAAGAAAGAAAAUACAUAAAAUUGAAUAAAAAGCGAAAACCCUGAGACUGAAAGCAGUCAACUACCAGCUCCCUUGUAUGUGAAUAAAAAUGGGAAAUUGGAAA